ACUUACAAAUGUCACAGUCAAUUGUCACUUCAAAUAAUAUAUCUUUAAUAUAUACUAUAACACAAGUAACUGUUGGUAUGAUACUAACCCUAGCUAUAGCUUCAAACUUAUAGGACCCCCCUCUCAUAUAGUUUUGUUUUUACAAAACCUAUUAAAACUUGACUUGAGUUCACAUGAAAUCUAUUGACUUUUACUGAUUACCUGUCUCUAACGACCUACUUUAAGGUCUCAAGAGCUUAUUCUUGUUCAUAUAUAUUUUCAAUUGAAUUAAACUGAAGAAUUAUAUUGUUUAGCUAAAACUAAAAAAGAAUGAAUACUCUAUUAAUUUUAGUAUGUGAGAUAUUACAAUACCAUCGAAUACAGUUAGCCAUAUGCUUUUUUUUCACUUUCUCGUUUGUUCUGCCAAAACCAUUCAUAUUCUAAAUAAUAUGUUAGUGCCCAUUGGAUAUCAAGGAUUGUUGUGAUCAUAUAAUUCGACAGUUGAGAUUUGUUGGAGACGUUUAGGGUUUCUUAAGGUUACAAUUCUUAAUUUGGCCAUCAGCGUGCUUAGGGUAUAUAUACACAAUGAUUAUUUAUUAGCUAGCUUAGGGUUGAUCUUCAGACUGUUAGGGAAUAUUGCUAUCAUUAAUGCAUGAAGAAAAAUUACAAAAGCUAAAGUUAAACAAAUUAAUUUAUUGGGAGACAAAAGUGAGCACAGUGGCUGAUGUUACUAUUAUUCUUGAGAUGAAAUGUCAUAGUCGUUCUUUGAGGGGCAUACUUUCUCCUUCUCUUCCUGUUUAUUAAUUGUUCAUUGGUUAUUAUUACACUUUGUCUUUUGCUCUUUCUCCUUCUUCUCCACUAAAAUUUUCUUUUUCAAUUUUUACAUUUUUAUUUGGUUGUUUGGUUUCUUUAAAUUCUCAGCCUCUAUACAAAUCUUUCUCAAUUCUUCUUGAAAUUAGGGUUUCCCCUUUCUCUGAGAGGGCUGUGCACCUAAAUUAUCCCUCCCAUUGACUAAAGAGUUAAGCCUAUUACAUCUACUUUGGAAACAAAUUUCAAAGGUAAGAAAAAGCCAUUGAAAGAGGAAGAAAGAUACACUUAGAUCCUCAAAGAACCUAAAGAUCUAAAGGUCUAAAAAUUCAAAAAGACAUGGCGUCGUCAUCAUCAAAUACAUAUAACUCACCAUGCGCCGCGUGCAAGUUUCUUCGCCGCAAAUGCAUGCCGGGAUGCAUAUUCGCACCAUAUUUCCCACCGGAGGAGCCACACAAGUUCGCCAACGUCCACAAAAUCUUCGGAGCGAGCAACGUCACUAAGCUCCUCAACGAACUCCUCCCUCACCAGCGUGAAGACGCAGUCAACUCCUUAGCCUAUGAGGCCGAGGCACGUGUUCGUGAUCCUGUCUAUGGCUGCGUUGGAGCCAUCUCUUAUCUCCAGAGACAAGUCCAUAGGCUUCAGAAGGAGCUCGACGCAGCUAAUGCUGACUUGGUUCACUACGGUCUGUCCACUUCAACACCUAGUAACGUCGUCGACUUGGUGUUUCAGCCUCAGCCACUUCCACAGCAGCCGCAGCAGGUAAACCCGGUUUAUAGGCUUCCCGGGGCCAGUCGUGGUACCGGAGGGUCGUGUGGGACUUUUCUUCCUUGGAACAAUGGUCAUAAUCAGCAAGGAGGUAACAUGUGAGAGAGUAUAUAAAUUGUGUGUGUGUUCCAUCUAUUCAUCUCUCUCUAUCUUUCUAUAUUGUCAUUAUGUGUGUGUGUGUGUGGUAAGAAUACAUUAUAAUAAGCUAGAAAUUUUUCUAGCAAACAUUUAUAAAUGCAUUGUGUUAUUUAUUUUAUGAUGGGAUGUAUAUAUAUAAUAUUAUUUUUCAUUGGUGAGUAGCGAGACCUAGGCUAGGAUACAUAGUUAUGUUUUAUAUAUUGGUUUUUUUAACGAAUAAAUGGUCGUUUAUGCUAAUAAUUAACAAACAAGAUAACUAGUUUUUUGCGUGAUUAGCAACAUUGUGAAUUAUACUAUAUUAUGAUGAGAUAUUAUCCAGGCUCUUACUUCCCUUGCUGUUUUAAUACUUAAACUUGGAUCAUAGUUAUGCGUGAAUGUUUGAGAGAAGUUAGGGUACUAAUAAUUGAAGGAUACUAUUUUAUUAUAGUUUAACUGUUUAUAGUUUUUUUUUUUUAAUAUGCAGAAGUGGUGUUCAUUGUAUGAUUGCUUACCUAAUAUAUAGGGGGGUUGUAUACAUAUUCUACUGAUUAUUUGGAGUUAUCAUAUUAUUGUACUCUUUUAGAGUGGAAAUUAACUUGUAGAGCGAUGGCUAGGCAUGUGGAUUAUGAAGUUUCCUUUUCCCUUUAUUAAAUAAUUUGUUUGGUUACUGGUGUCUGCAGCCUUUCAGGCAGCUAUAUAAAAUAUGAUCGUUUGGAUGUUAAAUGCAUUUAAAUAUUGAUGAACAUCAAUGUUGAAUCCUUUUUUUUCCUUUGGGGGGGGGGGGGGGGGGGGGGGGGGGGGGGUUAUUAUUAUAUGGGGUUAGCAUGUGAAUAUAUAUGAUAUAUACACACCAAAUAUAUAUAGUCUACGUCACGAGUAGUGAAUUUGAGGUAGCAAUACAAUAAAAUGACGAUUAUGGAACUUAAAUGAUUUUAUGUAACUAGUCGAUGGUGAUUAUCUGCAAGCCUGUGUAGUUUAUCAUGUAUAUAUUUCUAUCUUAAGCCCAUAAUCUAACUGGUUUCAUCUAUUUAGGCCCAAAUAUAAAUUUAUCUAUGCCAAAAUCAAAGCAAUUCUUUGCUUUUUAUGUGUUCUAAAAAAAUUUCAUAUGCGAUUGAGGUCUAAGUUUUUUUUUUCUGGUCAAAAGGUCUAAGUUUGAAAUAAUUUUAUUACAUUUAAGUUGUUGUUAUGUGAGUUUGAAAUUAUUACAUUUAAGUUGGAAAAAGAUAGUUACAAGAACGUAUUAUCGCAAUUAAUACUAAAACGGAUAACAAGAUUUUAAAAGCUUUUUAUACUAUCAAAUAUAGGUAGACGCUAUUAAUUUUGGACAGAAAUUAAUAAAUUCACAGGUCCAUCUUACAACUGGGCGACGGCACCUGUUCACGAGUACAUCUAUCAUUAUUAUGUAAAAUUUAUAAAUACAAUUUAAAUGUGGGGAAGUAACUUUGGAUAUUGUCGUGGAGAAAAAAAUAGGAAGAAAUCGAGAAUCCAUCAAACCCAUCAAUCAAUCGAUGUCUUUAAAGACGUGAAAAGGAAGCAAACUCUGAUGAGUUUCUCUGCCUCUCAGCUAAACUACAAAACCCAACAAGACAUUUUAUUUUUUCAUUGUACAUUGCGGGUCCUUUCCUACUUUUUAGAACUAUACCAACUAGAGUUGUAGCUUUAAAUUAGGGUAAAACAUUCGAAGUUUGAAGAUAAAAUUCCUUAAUAAGAACUCCAAAUUUAUCAUAAAUAUCAAAUUAGCAAAGGUAUA